AUGCGUUCCUCCCCCCCACCUGAGACGCAAGUGCAGGAGCGAGCGGCCACCACGCCCAUCACCUCCAUCUCAAUGUCAACCACGAUCUCCCGCAAGAAGCCUCGCCGCAACGUUGACGCAAUUCAGUCGAUGGCGGAGUCGAUGAACAAUGUUGCUGCCUCAUUGCAGCCCGAGACACCGAAGAACAAACGCAAGGUCAUCGAGCUCCUCAAGUACGACAUUCUGGGGGAGGACACGCCUUCGAGGACCAAGCGUGCGAGGGCUAAGUUUACGAUCAUGUGGGACACAGAGGCUACUCGUAUCUUACCGGUGUAUAACCCAAGCACUCCGCUGGAAGCGCUCCUUCAUGUCUGCGUACGAUGCUCCCCGACGAACCCAGUACAGAAAUAUCGCCAGUUGUUCCCCAACACUGACUGUUUUGGACACACGGAGGCCGCAGUGCAGCUGAAGGUCAAAGAGCAAGGUAAAGAAUGUGUGGGUGUCGACCCCGAGCUGGCUACGUAUGCGAGCGGGAUGUCCAUGAAGCAGCUCAUCGAGCCAGCGCUGCCCAGUGAGGAUGCUCGUGUACAUAGGCCUUGGCACGGCGGUCUGCAGAGCAGUGCACGCAACAAAGGCUGCAGCCGUGCACAUCAGAGGGACGAGAACCCUCGCAGCACGUGCUCGGCGCUCUUUUUCGCGCUUUCGACGAGCGACCGCAGACACGACGCGGCGGCGCUGGGGUCACAGAUGUUACACUACGUGACUACCUGUGACAGAAUCGUUUUCCGAGGGGUGUCGGAAAACGUCUUCCGUGCACACAAUCAGGCCCUACACGGAAUGCACAUCCCGUGA